UUAUAUUCCCAGUAGCGGUAAGGGAAUCGGUAAGCAAAAAAAAGAUAAGAAAGAAACUACAUUCAAACAAAAAAAUAAACAUUUUUCGGAGCGACCAAAGUUGUUGGAAUUCCCAGGCAAGACACAAAUCACGGUUAUAUCGAGAGAACAACUAUUUCCCGUUUAGGAGAGGACCGGUAUGAAAUGGAGCGAAUUCAUGUGUCAACAGUGUGCACUACUUUACGAAACCUUUCAGAAGUAUUUGAUCAGCAUUCUUAAGCAAGCAUAGAGACAGUCCAGCACGAGUGAUAUUUGUUACUUUAGAGAGUGUUUAAGAUUCCGUGCAUUGUUAUCGUCGGAUGAACGCGAUCCAAGUUAGCCAAGGACCGCCGAGUUAGGAGAGCUCGAAGGACCUGCGGCACCUGCGCGGACUCGCUGUCUGACUGAGCCCUGGGAGUGAGGCCUCCGAGUUCAACAGGUCCCAGCCAUGAUAGGGCUGCACUGUACAAGCAUCGUUUGAGGAGUACCUGCUGGCCAUCGACUGAUAUCCCGUGGAUGGACGGAGUAGGAGUAAAUAAACAAGAGCUCCUUCCUUCCUUCCUUAGUUCUCCCUUGGCCAGUUUACCCAUGGUGUGCGUACCCCACUAACACCAGUCCCAGGAACGUCUCCCACAAAUCUCACUAUAUUUUGGUUGGAUUUGAAAUCCUGCAUCGCCAAUGAUUGGUCAACAUGGUGGAUCGCGAAACCCCCUUGAUUAGAUUUAUGUGAGCGUGAGCGAGAGCCGUUAUGUCUACCUACACGAUAAAGGAUGAUGGCGAUGAUUGGUACCAUGAUUUGACGGCCGUGGCCAAUCGGCAAAAAGCCGAGAAGGUGCUAAAGGCAGCAGGAUUUGAGCAUGGACUAUUUCUGGUCCGUGAAUCGACUUCCGCCGAAGGCGAUUUCGUCUUGUCUGUGGUCAAUGCCGAGGAAGUGAUACAUUAUCAGAUCCGGAGGCACGGCGAAGACGCCAUAUUCUCACUGAACGACGAAAGGUACGUGGUCCAAGGCUUAGAAGAAGUGAUCUUUUACUACUGGAAGAAUCCCAACUCGGGUCUUCAGCAUCCGUUAACGAAAUUUGUGCGAGGCAAAUUGUGUCCAUUACACGCCCGACUCCAUGGGACGGAGAACCUUCUUCAUCGUGCCACUGCGGCCAACAACGUUGGCAUUGUGCAAGAGCUGUUGCACUCAGGCUACCAGAAUAUCACGGCCAAGAACAAUCAAGGCCAAUCUGCCGUUCAUAUAGCCAGUGCCAAAGGGUAUUUGCCUAUUCUGAGACUCCUCAUUGCCAACGGAGCUCACCUCGAGUCCACCGACUCUUCCGGAUAUACUCCUCUGCAUUUGGCUUGUGAAACCGUACAGUCGGAUAUUGUCAGAGCCUUGCUGGAAGGACGUGCCAACCCCACGACUAGAAACGAAAAGACAGGCUGGUCCCCGCUUCACGUGGCGGCAUUUCACGGUCGUCUAGAUGCAGUCAAUAUCUUACUUGAGUUUGGGGCGCCCUCCCAACCCCGAGCACUAAAUAAUUGCACUCCUGCCGAUAUGGCCAAUAGGCGAGGUCAUCCAGCGAUUGCCCGAGUUUUGAGUGCCAACGAUUUCAAGCUUAAACCCAGGUCGUCAUCGGGCAGAUGGUUGCACCCGCCUAUCUCCAGAGACAAGGCCAAUGAGUUGCUGAAAGCGAAUGCCACAGAAGAUGGGACGUUUUUGAUCCGGAAGAGCACUAAACGUGAGGGUGUGCACGUCUUGAGUAUGUUCCAUGACUGGCAAUACCUUCACUAUGAAAUCAUGAAACAAGGUAUGUUCUACUUUAUGGAAGAAGGACCAUUUUUAAUCAGUUUGGAGCAUUUUGUGGACCAUUACUCAAAGUUCAAAGAUGGCUUACGAUGCGAGCUUUCCAAUCCUGUCCAGCCGGAACCGCCAAGCAUUCCCGUUCCCGCACCCCGAGUUCAAAGCCGAGAUCUCAACGCUGCCAAACCAUCCAAACUAAAGCCUAUGGACCUGUUCAAGCCCUAUGAAAAUGACGCGACUCUUCGAAGACUUCGACACAGUCGGGACGACGUUCCGUUUGAAUCCGUCAAAUUGGGCUAUGUUAUUGGGGAAGGAAAAUUUGCUCAAGUUUUUCAAGGCACCUAUAUGCCGCCAGAUGGCUUCAAACAAGAUAUUGCUGUAAAAAUCCUGACCUCGGUGGAUGAGAAAGAAACUUCAGAGAUUCUCCCAGAAGUUCAAGUCAUGAUGACUCUCGAUCACCAUUGCAUCGUACAUUUGAAAGGUAUCAUUCGAGGCCCACCGAUAAUGUUGUUGAUGGAAUUGGCCCCUUUUGGUUCCUUAGAAAAAUAUAUUCUGGACAAUGUGAAGAAGGUGUCCGUUGAUUUUGAUAUCCCCCUUUGGGCAGCUCAGAUUGCGUGUGGUAUGAAUUACCUCGAAUCCAAGAGGUUCGUUCAUCGAGACUUGGCUGCGAGGAACAUCCUUCUCGCGUCGAAGCAUCAAGCCAAGAUUUCCGAUUUCGGAUUAUCCCGACCGAUGAACGAGAAAAAUCAAUAUGUGGCUACAAAAGGUGGAGUUUGGCCUCUUCGCUGGUAUGCCCCGGAAUCUUUUAAAUUUGGCCAGUUCUCUCACAAGAGUGACGUAUGGAGCUAUGGAGUCCUGUUAUGGGAAAUCUAUAGUUUUGGAAAGCAACCUUACCACGACCUUCAAACUCAUGAUCAAGUGAUGAAGUUCAUCGAAGAGGGCCAACGUUUGACUCGACCUGCGGCAGCUCCAUUGGAAGUAUACCAGACCAUGAUGUGGUGUUGGGAAAAAGAGCCCCAAGAUCGACCUUCUUUUGAGGAGCUGUUCAAGGCCUUCAGUGCAAAUCCAGUCUAUGACAAUAUUGCGCCUCUACUCAGCCAUCAAGACUUUUCUGAACUUGGUGUGUGAUCCCGCGUUCUAGAGAACCAACAUACCCGGUGCCAACUCAUGAAACAUUCUCUAUUUGUGAUACCAUUACAAGCGGACUAAUCUGUGAUUGAAUAAACUCUGUCACAAUCU